AUGGGUUGCACGAUUAUCCUUGUGGUGGUGGAUCGGUUGUCGAAGUAUGCGGAGUUCAUACCCGCACCAAAGGAGUGUACGGUGGAGAUGACGGCCAAACUAUUUACGGAUCAUGUCGUCAAGUAUUGGGGCUUGCCGACAAGCAUUAUCAAUGAUCGAGACUCCCAGUUCACCAAAAGGUUUUGGAUGGAGCUUUUUCGAUUAUUUGGGUCAGAAUUGAAGGUCUCCAUGAUGAUACACCCCCAGACCGAUGGACAGACGGAGUGUGUCAAUCAUGUGCUUGAAGUGUACCUUCGGCUCUAUGUCAUGAAGAACGAGAGUACGGGAAAGAGUCCAUUUAAGAUAGUGCUUGGUUUUCAGCCCAUGACGCUGAAGGAUUUGGAAGGCCCAUUCCCGGUGCGGAAGAAGGUUGGCGAGGUGGCAUACAAGGUCGAGCUUUCAGAGGCUCUAUCCCAGCUCCACCCCGUGUUCCACACCAGUCUAUUAAAACCAUAUCGCGAAGAUGUUCAAGAUCCAAACCAGAACGAAUCGACAAGGGCACCCUCAGAAAUGCGGAUGACAUAUGACAAAGUGGCCAAGGAGAUUGUUGUGGAUAGGGUGGUCCGACACAAGAAUAGACCACCAUCAACGGAGUACUUGGUCAAAUAG